UGCAGUGGAGGUGUGUGGGAUCGUUUGGGAAGCGGAAUUGGGAGGCGUGAAUAAUAUUUUCUCUAGCACUAGCGCGCGCAUACGCACACACACGCAUUCGAUUAGUGAGAGCGCGUGCCACCCGGUUUCUCUCCUCUCCAGUACCGCGUGAGCAAAAACAGGUUUGCCCUUAACUCGCAAUGUAACGACGCCCUUUUGGGCUUAAAUGCCAAUCGUUAAUCCCCCCCCCCCUCUGUGUGACAGCCGACACGGCGGACUUUUCUAGCGCGUGGCGUAAAGUGUAGGACAUUUAACCCGAGGACAGCUUGAAAUUUGACUUUGGACCGGGGGUUUUUUGUGCUUGGUACCGGAUCGUGGUGAACCCGUGGCUGGAUAUGACGCAUCGGUGCCAGUGAAGAAGAAGGAGGACUAGGAGGAGGAGGAGGAGGAAGAAGAAGGAGGUUUGGAUCAGUAGUAAAUCCGCACCGCAGACACAGAACCUAGGGGUGGACCAUCAUGUCGGGCACGGUGAAGUUUAAAAAGGAGAAGGAGAUCCUUACGGAGUAUGAGAGCCAAGUGAAAGAGAUCCGCUCUCAGCUGUUGGAGCAGCAGAAAUGUCUGGAGCAGCAGACGGAGAUGCGAGUGCAGCUCCUCCAGGACCUGCAGGAUUUCUUCCGCAAGAAGUCUGAGAUCGAGAGCGAGUACUCGCGCAACCUGGAGAAGCUGGCCGAGCGCUUCAUGGCCAAGACGCGCAGCACCAAGGACCACCAGCAGUACAAGAAGGACCAAAACCUGCUGUCUCCUGUAAACUGCUGGUAUCUGCUGCUGAACCAAGUGCGUAGAGAGAGCAAGGACCACGCCACACUCAGCGACCUCUACCUCAACAACGUCAUCACACGCCUCUCACACGUCAGCGAGGACAACACGCGCCUGCUCAAGAAAAGUAAAGAGAUCACUUUCCAGUUGCAGGAGGACCUGAUGAAGAUUCUUAAUGAACUCUAUACGGUGAUGAAAACCUACCACAUGUACCACAGCGAGACUCUGAGCUCCGAGAACAAGCUAAAGGAGGCCGAGAGGCAGGGCGAGAGGCAGGGCCGAGGUGGGGAGGUGUUCAGCCUGCGCAAUGAGGAGCGCCAUCAGCGCCGCAACGCCGCCCGCAAAAUCCAGAAGAUGAAGGAGAAGCGCCAGGCCAAAUACUCUGAGAAUAAGCUGAAGGUUAUGAAAGCUCGCAACGAAUAUCUGUUGACUCUGGAAGCUGCCAACGCUGCUCUCUUUAAGUACUACAUCCAGGACCUGUCCCACUUGAUUGACUGCUGUGACCUGGGCUAUCACUCCAGCCUGAGCCGAGCGUUACGCACGUACCUGUCGGCCGAGUACAGCCUGGAGACGUCUCGUCAUGAGGGUCUGGACAUUCUGGAGGGGGCAGUAGAGGGUCUGGACCCCCGCAGUGACCGGCAACGAUUUAUGGAGACUCACCCCACUGCGUUCACUCCACCAGCACGCUUCAACUUCCAGCCACACAUGGGAGACCAGGUGAGUCAGAUCACGGCGAUGCCGCAGGUGCAGGCUGAACUACUUCUCCGCUAUCAGCAGCUCCAGUCUCGUCUUUCCACUCUGAAGAUUGAGAAUGAGGAGGUGAAGAAGACGUCCGAAGCCACGCUGAGCACCAUCCAGGACAUGCUGAACAUGGAGGACUAUGACGUGUCUGAGAGUUUCCAGCACAGCCGCUCCACCGAGUCGGUCAAGUCCAGCGUGUCGGACACCUACCUCAGCAAACCCAGCCUGGCCAAGAGACGAGCCAACCAGCAGGAGACGGAGCUCUUCUACUUCACUAAACUGCGGGAGUAUCUAGAAGGCAGUAACCUCAUCUCCAAACUGCAGGCCAAGCACGAUCUACUGAAGAGGAGCAUAGCAGAGGGCUACAGAGCAGAUAUAAUGACCACCAGCCGUCGUCGGAACUCCCACAGCAGGCACCAGGACUCUGCCAAGGCCAUUCCACUGAUUGUAGAGAGCUGUAUCCGCUACAUUAACCUCUAUGGUUUGCAGCACCAGGGUAUUUUCAGAGUCUCCGGCUCUCAGGUGGAGGUCAACGACAUCAAGAACUCAUUUGAAAGAGGAAACGACCCGCUGACGGAUGAGGAGAACAACCACGACAUCAACUCGGUGGCCGGCGUGUUGAAGAUGUACUUCCGCAACCUGGACAACUCGCUUUUCCCCAAAGAGAAGUUCAAUGACCUCAUCGCCUGCGUCCGUACAGAGAGUCUGUACGAGAGAGCGCUGUCGAUCAGAAAGCUCCUGAUGACAUCACCACGCCCCACGCUCGUGAUCAUGAGAUACCUUUUUGCAUUCCUCAAUCACCUCUCGCAGUACAGCGAUGAGAACAUGAUGGACCCCGGGAACCUGGCCAUCUGCUUUGGGCCGACGUUGAUGCCCACUCCAGAUCUGCUGGACCAGGUCUCCUGCCAGGCGCACGUCAACGAGAUCAUCAAGACCAUCAUCAUCCACCACGAGGUCAUCUUCCCCGACACCAAAGAGCUGGAGGGGCCGGUCUACGAGAAGUGCAUGAGCAGUACAGAGUACUGUGAGAGUCCAUACAGCGAGCCUGGAGUGUUUGAAGAAGGAGAACAAGAUGGUGGCACCGAAACUCAGACCAGUGAAGAGGAGGGUGAGCCGGUGGAGGCCAUAGCGAAGUUCGACUACGUCGGCCGCUCAGGUCGUGAGCUGUCCUUUAAGAAGGGAGCGACUCUGCUGCUCUUCCAGAGAGCUUCUGAGGACUGGUGGGAGGGACGGUGUAACGGCACUGACGGACUCAUACCACACCAGUACAUCACACUGCAGGAUGAGGAGGCCAUGUCAGACACUCUGAGUCAGAAAACAGACAGUGAACACAGCAGCACUCCCACAGAUGAAGUAAACUCCAGGAGAUCCCUGACCUCCCCGACUGAACCCAGACUGCCAGAAACCUUCAUCAGCCGUCACAGGAAGAGGACGGAAGCCCUCUUGCGCCGUGCCCCCGGUCAUUGUCAUGGUAACGGUCUGGAGCGCAGUUCGCCGCCGGUGACGGUAACAGUGACGGGGCACUUCAGCCCACGGGAGCUGCUGCGUGGACACGGCGGACACCAGGACAGCCCCGAAACGACUCGCCGCCGUGCAGGACACAACAACAACAACAACUCCACCAACACCACCAGCAACGGCACUCUGAGCUCCAGCAUCAGCCGCCACGAGUCUCUGCGCAGGGACAGGGAGAGGGAGAGUCCACCCAUACGCCAGUCCCCGUCCUCACUGCACUGCAGUGUCCCUGAGCAGCGCACACGCACACUCAACACACACACCAUGGCACAGGACAUUGAGGAGACGAUGAGCCUGGCCCUGAACGAGCUGCGUGAGCUGGAGCGGCAGAGCGGGAAGCCGGACCUGGUGCUCGACACGCUGGACCAGAUGAAGAGCAGCCCCUCCCUUCCGUCAGGCUCCACCCCCUCCACCCUGUCCAGCCCGUCGGAUUCACCGAGCCCGCUGAGUCCCCACAGCCCCCUGCCGCCUCUACCUGGUCCCAUAUCCCGCCGCUGCCCUGAGCCACUCCCCUCACCCCGCUUGGGCGUGACGCUCCGCCCCCCGGCCCUGCGCCCCAAACCUGCCAUCCUGCCAAAAACCAACGCUCAGCCUCCUCAACAGCCCCCGACUCCGCCCCAAAACUUCCCUAAUGACAAAUCGGGCACCAUGUAAGCCCGAAACGGGUCCAACCUGAGGAAAAACAGGGUCGGCAAUAAGCCUGAGGAAUUGAAUUACACUUACGGAGGGUCAGACAGGGUGAUUGUGUUAAUACUGAAUAGCUUCCACGCAAGAAGAGUCAACUAGAGUUAGUCUACGAUAUUAUAAUCAUUUACUGUGUCGUCAGGGUGGUGUGCGUGCGUGCAUAUUCUCUAAAAAAAAAAAAAAAAAAAAAAAAAUGACUAGGACUUAACCUGUGUCUGUGUGCGUAGAUACUUUUAUAAGGAACACAUUCAGAGAUGGCAGAGAGAGAGAGAGAGAGAGAUUGCAGAUGUUUUGGGAGUCUGGCUUUGGGAAGCGUCAUGUUUUUUUGAGUCGGUGCAGUGCAUUAUCAGUGCUUUAAUUUGCCAUGCCUUAUGAAAGGUAAUACCUGCCAAAAAAAAGGGGCCAUCCUUACAGUUUUAUGCUGCUUUCUUUGUUUAAGUUAUUUAUUUGUGUUGAAGGAAGUGACACAGGUGCAUCAUGGGGAAAAGGGAUAUAUCACAUAUAGGGUGUUCAUAGUGAAUGUAGCACCUAGCCUCCAAAAGAGGGCCAGGUGAUUUAAAGAAGUCUGAAUGUAUUAAAGGGGCAGUAAGCAAAAUGUUCUGUUGAAAUAUAUUAUUCUAAUAAAUCUAAUAUAUUAUGAUAGUCCGUGUGUAAAUGUUGUAUGUCGGUGACCCUGGGGUCAGUGUGAAUAUCGUCAUGUCAGUCAGAGGGCCAGGAAUUCAGUGAGACAAACAGAAACCGAAGUGUUGCUUAUUGCUCCUUUAACUGAAUGUUCCACGUUAUUAUUUUUUUUCACUCUGAAACCACAUGAAGCCUUGAUCACCGGAAAAACCUUCCUUUUCACCGUGGAGGCGCGACCCGAUUGGACGCCGCAGCAGGAGGGGCGGAGACUUGCCGUUCUGAGGGCACUUAUAUAUUUAAUGAGCUUUAAUAAGAGCCUGUUGUGGAAUUGCGUGUGACUGGCGAAGGAAAGGAUGAGGAAGGUGUUAAGAAAGCUGGCGUGGCGUGACUGAGCGUGUCAGGCCACGCCCUCUCUUUGGUUGCCGUGGUAACACUUCCAUUCCGGCGCUGCUGCCGUUUAGACGCAGACUAAACACUCUUAGGGGGGAAAAAGGGUUCUUUGCUUCUUAAAGGGGAAAUGGGGAACACGAAGGGUUCUAUAUUAUAAACUCUUAAGGGUUCUAGAGUUAACCUUUUUUCCUAAGAGUGUAGUGAUCGCCAUUCUGAUUUUCAGCCUGUACUUCCGGUGUGUGUGUGUGUGUGUGUGUGUGUGUGUGUGCGCGUGCGUGCGUGUGCGCUUUAAUAUUCCAUGUGUAACAGGCUCUCCUGUUAGUGUAAUUGUAUGAUUGGCGAAGAACAUGAAUCAGAAGUGUGUGUGUGUGUGUGUGUGUGUUGAUCCAAAUGUAUAGAUGUGCUUAAAGAUGAGGAGUUGCAUCAACAGAGAGGUCAUGUGACUACCAAACAGCCAUGUUUUCACUUUUUUAUGCACAAAUAACGAUUCUAAUAAUUCUCACUUUUUUCCUAAUUGUUUCUUGAUGAUUUUUUUUCUUUUCUACCUGCAAUAUUUUCUACUUAUUUAUUGAUUCGUUAAGCAAGUGAUUCUUCUUCUUUCUUUCUUUUUUUUAAACCUCGUUUCUACUGGUGCUCUCUCGCGUGACGGCGUGCGUGUGUGUGUGUGUGUGUACAGACACACACACACACACUUUAUCUCCCUCACACCCACACACAUGCACGCCGUGUGUGUUCACGCGAAAGUGCCUUUCAGGACGUGUGUACAGAGGAGGAGCCUGUUCUGCUUACAGAUGUGUCGUGUGCCUGUCUUUCUCUGAAGCGUCGUUCCAAGAAUGAAAUGUUAAGGAUAGAGCUCUUUCCAAACAUGUAACCACUUUUGAAUGAAUCAUAAGUAUGUACAUUUAACCCAUUGUGACGUUGCACUUUCAUGUAUAGGACUGUAUUUGGCAUGUAGCAUUAUAUCAUGUUGCAGUGCAUUUUAACAAGGUGUCAAAAACUGAAUGUCUUUGAAAUAAAGUAAGUUCAUA